AUGUCUGAAAGCGACGUCAAAAAGACAAUUCAGCAGCUCCAUUCGCUGUCUGAGAGCAACCUCAGCAACGCUUCCGCCCUGUUGUCACAAGCAAAGAUCUCGCUCCUCAAACUACACGCCCUCGUCCCCAGUCCUUCCACAUCUCACGAACAUCUCGCUCUGGCUCGCGAGGUCCUCGAAAUCGGCGCCUUCGUAUCAAUUCGCCAAAGAGAUCCCGAAUCUUUCACACGCUACUUCCAACAACUCCAGCCCUUCUACUCAUUACCUCACGAACGAUGGGGCUCUCACGACAAGCACGGCAACCAGAGCAAGAUCACUGGUCUUUACCUACUACUCUUGCUAAGCCAGGGAGACUACGCCGGCUUUCACACUGUCAUUGAAGGUCUCGAAAUGGCUUUCGGUGGCAGAAAGCGCUUGGACGACGAUGCCUUCAUUCAAUAUCCCAUGAGACUGGAGCAGGCUUUGAUGGAGGGUAGCUACGACCGCGUCUGGGGUGAGACAAAGGGAGAAAGAGUACCCAGCCCUGAAUUCGCCGUUUUCUCAGAGGUACUCGUCAACACAAUUCGAUCCGAGAUCGCCUCGUGCAGCGAGCGCGCUUACCCCUCCCUUCCUAUCUCGAACGCAAAGAACCUCCUUUUCCUUGACUCUGAAGGCGCUGUCAUUCAGUUCGCACACUCGCGUGGUUGGGUCGCUAAGGAGGGUCGCAUCUAUUUCCCUGCCCAGCAAGAAGAGUUGGCACAGGGCGAAAAGGAUAUCCUUGCGACCAGCGACAAGGUUAUCGAGAACACACUCGAAUACGCCAGAAAGCUUGAGACUAUCGUUUAA